UUUAGAUCUAUAACCUAAACCUCUGUCUCCUCCCACAGCUCUUCCUGGUAUUAAAACAUGAGGGUCUUCCUCCUGCUUUGCCUGCUGGCCCUCGGCAACGCCAAACCCUACCAGUCAAUCAAUGCCUUGGACUUCAUGAGAAACUAUGACAUCAUGAUGGCUGAUUCGAGCGAUGAGGACGAUGACAGUGAAGAAGAUGAUAAUGAUGACAAUUAUGACGACAACUGUCCAGCUGGUUGCCAUUGCUCACCCAGAGUGGUGCAGUGCUCAGACCAGGGUGAGAUCUCUGUUCCUGAGAAGAUUCCUGAAGACACCGUGAUACUAGACCUCCAAAACAAUGACAUCACUGAGAUCAAGGAGAACGACUUUAAAGGCCUCCACAAGCUUUACGGUCUGUUUCUGAUCAACAACAAGAUCUCCAAGAUUCACCCCAAGGCCUUCAGAAACAUGGACCAUCUCAGACUGCUGUACCUGUCCUACAACCUGCUCACUGAGAUCCCCGCGAACCUGCCUCCCAACGUCAUCGAGCUCCGCUUCCAUGAAAACAAGAUCACCAGGAUCCAGAAGGAUGCAUUCAAAGGCCUGAGGAAACUCCAUGUGCUGGAGCUGGGUGCCAACCCUCUGGCCAACAGUGGGAUUGGACUGGGAGCUUUUAACGGCUUGUCUACCCUGUACAUCGGUAUCGCAGAGGCCAAACUCACUGCUGUGCCAAAAGACCUCCCAACCUCCAUCACAGAGCUGAGCCUGGACUACAAUAAGAUCGCCAAGGUGGAAAUAGAAGACUUCAUCAGAUAUAAGAACCUGAAGAGGCUAGGACUCGGUUUUAACCAGAUCAAGUACAUAGAAAAUGGCAGCUUAGCCAAUAUUCCAAGCGUCCGUGAGAUCCAUCUGGACAACAACCGUCUGAAAAAGAUCCCACCGAGCCUCAACUCCCUGCGCUACCUCCAGGUGAUUUAUCUCCACGGCAAUAAAAUCAGCAGCGUGGGCGUCAACGACUUCUGUCCCAUCACGGCCAGCGUGAAGAAGAACCUGUACACGGGCAUCAGUCUGUUCGCCAACCCUGUUAAGUACUGGGACAUCCAGCCCGCCACCUUCCGCUGCGUGACCGGACGGAGGGGCGUUCAGCUCGGGAACUUCAGGAAGUAGAGAGAGGAGACGACGCGUCGCAGACGGAUCAGACAUGAAGAACUGCCGAUAUCCUCAUUAUAAAGGAAGGAGUUGAGGAUAAUAAUUCUGAUAAAUAAAACAAGAUGAAACUGGAUUUCUAAAGUUUUCAGGAAAUUAGAGAAAUGGCAUUAUAUUGAUGUAUAUUAGAAAGUGUAGCACAUGUUGUUGAAUGCUGGUAUAAUUUACACUAAAUAAAAAUAACUAGUCUGGAUGUUGCUGCCGAAAAGACAGUAUACAGGGGGAGGACAAAAUAACAUAAACAUCUGUAGAUCAUGAUCAAAUUCAACAAGUGUUCACAUUGUGUGAGGUUGUCCUUGGCUUUUGCUCUGUAAACUUUCCAAGGAAUAAAGCGCCUCCCUCUGGUCACUUUUUGAGCAAAAUCACCAAAUAACCUGAUUUGAGUAAAACUACAUGCUGAUGCCUUUUUA